AUGCCCGCGGACGCGGCCAGCAGCGGCGCGGAACCUCCGCGGGAACGGCGGCGGCGGCGCGGGCGGGCGCGGGCGCGCACCGAAGCGUUGCUGCACACGCUGAAGCGCAGCCGGCGGGUGAAGGCCAACGACCGCGAGCGGAACCGCAUGCACCACCUCAACGCCGCCCUGGACGAGCUCCGCAGCGUCUUGCCCACCUUCCCCGACGACACCAAGCUCACCAAGAUCGAGACCCUGCGCUUCGCCUACAACUACAUCUGGGCCCUCUCCGAGACCCUCCGCCUGGCCGAGCAGUGCCUCCCGCAGCCCCCCGCCUUCCGCGGGGCCCCCGCGCCCCCAAGCCCCGGCAGCGACGCCGGGUCCUGGCUGUCCAGCGCCUCCCCGUCCGCCCCUUCGCUCUGCGCCUCCGCCUCCGGCCCCAGCAGCCCCGCCACCUCCGAGGACUGCGCUUACGCGCCCGCUGACGCCCUGCGCGGCUUCUGCGGGCUGCCCGCGGCCCCCGGCGCGCCCUGCCGCUAGUGCCGCCCGGUUCUCCCCUCCCGAGGGCUGCGGGUGAUGGAUAAGGGAGGAGGGGUCUCCCUCCGUUGCACUUUCCACCACCCUCCCGUCUCCAUCCCUAUCCCCCCGACCCCCGCCUCGCCUCCCGUGCGCCUCCGAAAACCGGGAUGAAAAGCGACAGAUUUGCUGCCGCAGACGAGGUGAAAAGUCAAUUUUACAAUUUGUAGCUCUCCGGCGAAGAAAAACGAGCAUGAAAAUUUGGUUUGAACGCCCUGACAAUGCCAUGAAAAGGCUUAAGGGGCCGAUGCGGCCCGGGGCGCAGCGCGGGGCUCAGCGCAUCCCACACACCCCCCUCUUUCCCCCUGCCCGCACCCGGGGGCCCAGCACCGGCCUCGAUGGGACCCCCCCCCUCCCUUCCUGCCCGCCGGACAAGCGGAGGGGCUCAUGCAUUAUAGAUGCUGACCCCCAGCGCGGCGGCCUUGCUUUAGAGCAGGAGCAGACACGGGGUAUUCAGCGACCGGGCCAGAUAGCGGUUUAAUUUAUUCAAGAUGUUCUUUCAUAUGAAAAUUGUAUUUUUGUACAUAAAGAGCUUUAUUCUAUUAUUAUGCCUCUUAUCAAAGUGGGGGUUUGGUUUUGUUUUUAAAAGAAAUUGUACUUUACCGUGUAAAUAAAAGUUUUAACGUUUGUACUGAAUUUCAGCAAUGCCUCUGCAGUUU